CGGCGAUCUGAGAGCGCAUCAAUCAUAGCAGACGGAUCAGGCAAAGGGCACUUGGACAUUAAUUGAUCUCGCCGCUCGCUCCUCUUCACUGGGCGAUCAUCGCUGCCAUUUUGCGACCACGAACGCACUGACCCGCGCAUUCUUGGAUCUGCGUCCAACGAUUAGCAGGCUUCUACUUCUCAUCACCCAAGCAAUAGUCACGCAUCUCCAGCUUGCGAGGCAUCUUCACCUCAUCUUCGUCAGUAUCCGCACUCAAUUUGGACUCUCAAGACCAAGAAUCACCACGCAGUCUAGAGGCGUCACAUUUCACGGACUCCGACAAGAACACCGCAAUCUUAGAAGUGUCCAUUCGAUUGACCUUGAAGCCGCUUGUCCCGAGGGCAUCGUCACCUCCGGCCUUCCCUGAAAGGGUCGCGCUGCACACUCUGAGUCUAGCCCCUGCGCAAUCGCAGCAAUGACAUCUGCCACAGUAGGCGAGACGCGCCCCGAGUCGAAGAGCUUGAGAGCAUGGUGGUCUGCAUUCACCAAAGUCAAGACGGCCAACGCUGCCAAAACAGCCAAAGUGCAAGCGGAAACCGGAGUGUUUGGACAGCCUUUGAGGAGGAGCUUAAAGUAUGCCAGUGUAGCGAUCAGUAUGGCAGGAGAGGAUGGGCAGCAGUAUGUCUGGGGUUACGUGCCUGUCAUAGUUGCCAAGGUGGGCUUAUACCUGAAAGAGAAUGCGACUGAGGUGGAGGGUGUAUUCAGAAUAGCUGGCUCUCAAAAGCGCAUGCGCGAGCUGCAAGAAGUAUUCGACACGCCUCCUAGAUAUGGCAAAAAUGUGGACUGGUCGAAGUACAGUGUCCACGACGCAGCCUCUGUGCUCCGGCGGUAUCUCAACCAAAUGCCUGAACCCAUCAUUCCCUUGCAUCUGUACAACGAGUUCAGAGCUCCGAUGCUCAAAGAGCCUUUGGAUGUGGACGCAGCUAUUAAGACCUACAAGCUGCUCAUCAACUCCAGUCCUCCGGCAAGUCAGUACUUGUUGCUCUACGUCUUGGACCUCUUGGCCGUCUUUGCUCGGAAGUCAGAAGUCAAUCUGAUGCCCGCCAGCAAUUUGGCUGUCAUCUUUCAGCCCGGCAUGUUUUCGCAUCCUUCGCACUUGCAGUCGCCAGACGAGCACAAGGUGGCCGUACAGGUUUUGGAGUUCCUGAUCGAGCAUCAAGAUCACUUUGUCUUGUCCAUCGGUCCGCCACCACCUGCAAACGUAGCACCUGCCGAGCUCACUUCGGUCUCGCAGCCAGCGACGGAGGAAACAACGGAUUUGCCCUCCGACUCAGAUGAGGAUUUAGGAGAGUUGGAGGUGCAUGAGGGUGGUGGUGCAGCCAUGGCGCGAGCGGCAAGUCAGGCGACUCCUUCACCGGCGCGUCGGAAGGGUCUUUUUGCUGGGAUUCGAGGAGCAGGCAGAUUGAGCCCCAACAUGCGGAAAGAUCAGGUGGAGGAAGAAGAUAUUGGAGGACAGAGCAAUGCACCAGUGGCAUUAGGGGGCGGCACACCUAGCGGGGCAACCGUCAAGAGGUCAAAGACGACCCCUAGCAGGAGACCCUCGAGGAAGGACCCUUCCAAGGAGAAAGACGCCUCCGGUGAGACUUCUGCUGCAGCAAGCAAAGAAACUCGAAGUCCAAGAAGUCACAUGCGAAGGAAAAGUUCGGAGGCAGGAAGCCCGAGCCCGAGCGCAGCUGCAAGUCCUUCGUUAGGUGUGCAACCCUUACCUCCCAUGACCCCUCCGGUAGGCCUGAGUAGCGACAAUCCACCUGCGGGAGCGGCCUCUGCUACAGCUCCGCCCGCUGCCAGUGCAGAAAGCAACAUUGGCGGCUUGCCCACCCCUCCGCCCUCAAAGUUUUUGAGAUCGACCAGCGCAAGUAGCCAGAAUACACCCGCUUCGCCCUCGAGGGGCUAAAGUCAUGCUCGACCCGGUCUUUCGAAGCUCCUCUGCAGUCUCCCACCGUUUAUUAGAUCUUGCAUCGUCACUCCAUUUCCACCACGUCAUCGAGUUAAGGAAGCCCCUCCCCUAUCACCCACCAUUACACACGCACUGAACAUCGGUGCGCCCACCUUCUUUCGUGUCUGAUUCUCCAUUGACCUCUACUUUGGCUCGCUUCAUCGGUCUGCAUCGGUCUUUUCGCCUCAUGCGUCUUUAUUCUACACAUGAGCGGCAUAAAUGAUACCCGUCUACUUGUG